AUGACAUCGACUGCUGCGAACAACGUCGUCGCAAUGGCUGCCGCCGUGAAAGGGUCUCCGCCUGGACCGGGAACAUUGAAUAGGCGGACGUCGAAGGCGAGUUUCGGCCCCAGAGGGCCAGACCCAGGCAGCUACCCGUCCAUGCCGAGCAGCCUCCCGAACAACGGCGAAGGCUUCGGACCAGGGAGCUACGGCGCCGGAGAUGCCAAGAACGGUACCGCCGUCACGGAUGGUCCUCCACUGGCCUCCAUGCCAGAGGGCACAAAGACGAACAGCAAGGCGCGGAUACGCCGUGCCAGCGAGGGCGCUCGGCAGAGCAAAGGCGAUGGGAAGAGGACAAGUGGUAGCGAGUUGAGAUGUGAAAAAUGCGGGAAAGGAUACAAGCACAGCAGCUGUCUUACAAAGCAUCUAUGGGAGCACACGCCGGAAUGGGCGAUCACCUCCAAGUUGCUCAUCUCGAAGCAUCAGCAGGUCCAGCUUCUUGAGGCGGCCUCGGUGUUGGUCGCCAUGAACCAGGACGCGGACGCUGCCAAGCACGGCGACAGCGAUCACUCUUCAGUCUCGCCAGCGGCUUCCGGGUCAUCUGACCUUCAUGAGGAUGACUCGAGCUCGAACGACACCACCCCGCCGCCACAAGCGGACGAGCAUGUAUUUGGCUCUUACUCAGCCAGACACUCGCAAUAUGGCCAAAGCAAACGCUUCAGCACCCAAAGCAGUGUCCUGUCACAAUCCCACCGGUCAUCUAACUCCGUCUUCUCGGACAGCGCUCCCAACGGGCACUACAUGUCGCAUUACCGCCAAUGGAGCAAUGAUGGGCGGCCCACCACAUCCGCAACUUCGGUGACCGGCAGUCACUACGACGAUGAAGAGCAAGCGGAUCUGGCAGCCGCUGUAGGUUUGUUGAGCUGCAGCUACGGCACGCCAAAGAGCGGACCGGUGACCCUCCCGGCGGAUGUGCCGCCCGUGCCACCCUUGCCGGCGCGGUUCCUCAGCCAGAUCGGUAACUCCACGAUCGCUGCGCACGGCCCCCAGCGGCACUCGACCCCGAGACCGAAGUACACUUCAUACGCGUCCGAAGGCCGUGAUGUGGACAUGGACGACGAGGGGCUCAUGGAUGAAGACUACGAUGAUCGGCAUUACGCUGCGAGGGGCCGUAGCGACGAGGACGAGGGUGUCUUUGGCACUAUGGAAGAGUAG